GCAUUGCUAAUACGCUGGGUAACAAAGGGGCAGUGGGCGUGUCUUUCAUGUUUAAUGGAACUUCCUUCGGCUUUGUGAACUGUCACCUGACAUCAGGCAACGAAAAGAUCGGCAGGAGGAACCAGAACUACCUGGAUAUCCUGCGGCUGCUCUCUCUAGGAGAUAAACAGCUGAGCUCCUUUGACAUCUCUCUACGCUUCACACACCUCUUCUGGCUGGGAGACCUCAACUACAGGCUGGACAUGGACAUACAGGAGAUCCUGAACUACAUCAACAGGAAAGAGUUUGAUCCUCUGCUGAAGGUGGACCAGCUCAACCAGGAGAGAGAGAAGAACAAGGUGUUCCUACGCUUUGCGGAGGAGGAGAUAUCCUACCCACCCACCUACCGUUAUGAACGCGGGUCUAGAGAUACAUACGUGUGGCAGAAACAGAAGGCCACAGGGGUACACACACUCACUCACUCACUCACUCACUCACACACACACACACACACUCUCACACAGAGCUUUAUUCUCGUGAAUUUUCUAGACUUUUUGGGGAGUAAACCCCUAACUCCGUAAAGUGGUAUUCAGCAGUAGAAACAAUAAAGAAGCUUGUUCCCCUGUUUCAGUAAGAGGCUGAGGCUGGAGAAACUCUCAAAACCAUAGUCAGAGCUGUGGAUGCAAGGACUGACAAUCCAUGAUAUCAACAUUAUAGUUUUAACCAUAUUUUGAGGCGAUGUAGUGUAUGUUUACAUUUACUUGAACAAACAUAGUAAAAACAAGCUUAUAUUUUGGGUUCUGAUGGAGUGUGACAGUUAAAGUGAGACAUUUCUUACUUACAGUGCCUUGCGAAAGUA